GGCAAAACGUCAUCGCCUCCUUUUGUUCUCUUAUCACUCCUCACGAUCGUCGCUCAAUGCCUUCCUAUCGCUAGCCCAAACGAUCGGUACUCGGUCUCGCGCCUUCUUGCCCGCGGCACCAAGAGCCCGAAAUUCAAGGUCUGCGGCGUAUUCCCCACCCCAUCCUUCACAUACCCCAGCUCCAGCGAACUUGGGGUCACAGUCAGGGCAUAUGGACCAAGGGCCAUGCGCCUGGCUGGACACACCCAAUUUGGCAGGAUCGAUACUAGGAGUGUUGUACAUGGUCAGGGACUCACCAAGUACUUCGCUACCGAGCACAUCCUGGAGUACCAGGCAAUGUUCUCCAGUCGUGGCUUCUGGGGGAUAGUUCUAACCAUGCCUGACCCAACAAACCGUCGUCUCAAGUUUGCGAAGAAGACGAUCUUGAUGAACGGCAACAAGAAAGAGUUCAAGAAAAUGGUGAUAGACGAGUAUGGACCGGGUUUAGACGAGAUGACGGUCGAUGGGAUCAAAGGCCGCCCCAUGCAAAUCCUUUCCUACGGCUACCCUAACAGCAAGUACCACCGCAGCGGCCUUGUGUUGCUGGACCAGCCUACAAAUGGACUCAAGGAAACGAUAAUGUCACCAGGGAAGAAGGCACCGAGGACAGAUGAGACUAUAAAUCGAUACAUAAACAACCCGAAUAUCGCAGCGAAGGCGUUUUUCGUUCUUAAACACAUGAUGUUCGCCAUGGAAUAUAUGACUACUGAGGACAUUUAUCGGGAGUACAUCAAACAAGUUUUGAGAGAAGCAAAGUAUAUGCAGAUAUCGAAGACAUCCUGCCAAGGAGCAAGGGGCGCGCCACCGGCACCGAAGGAGUCAAGCGUGGACGAUAUUGAUUCAAAGCUCAAAAAUAUGAACAUUGACAACACGCCAAGCAAGCCACCGCCAGCCGCAAUCCCGAUCGACUAAAAGCAAUCCUUCGGCACUGCAGAGUUGGAGGAAUUUUCUGACGUACUCAGGAAAUAUCUCACUUCCAAAUGGAUAGUCGGCCGAUGCGAGACGUGGAUGGGAACAAGCAAGCCUUAUGGCUGGACGCCACCGUACAAGGGUGGUUCUGGCGGCGACGGCCCUGGAGGUGGUGGAGGGGGCGGUGCCACGGAUAUGCCUAGCCAGCCCAACCUCAAGGGCGACAAGGGUGGCAGCAGCGGAAGCACAGGGGGCGGCGGUAAGGGCGGCGGCAAGGGCGAUGGAAAAGGCCAGAGCGCCCGAGGAAGUCCCAAUCCUCCGCCGACUAACCGUCCCGCGGACAGCGCCAGAAGCAAGAAGAACAAGAGCAAUGACGGAAGCAGCGGGAAGCCGUGAGUGGGUUGGCAUCACCGGACGGUUGUCUAGCCGGGUUGAGUUGGGAGCG